UCUCUGUCAGGCAGUGGUUUGUUCCAGUUCGCUCUGGGCUCUGUUGUUGUGCAGAGCUGCAGAAGGCCUGCUAGAGCCAGCUACUGCACUGCUGCUGUUUUGGAAAGAGGGAGAGAGAGAGAAAGGGAGAGAGGGUGAAAAGGAAGAGGAGGCCAGACAAAGCGGAUUGAGACUGUGGGAGCUUGUGUGUUCAUUUCAUCACCAUUUAAGAACCAACCAAGGAGGACAGAGAACACGAGGAAAGAGAGUGAAAAAACGACUCUGGAAAAGCGAAAGUGAAAUAGAGGGUGGAGGAGGUAAAGGAAGGGAGGAUGGGUCUGAGGAAAGGCGUCUGACAUUGCUUGUCUCGCUUCACACGCAGGAAGAUUUCUGCUCAGACAGCCCACAGCUGCUUUUUCCCCCCUACUACUCUUGGAGCGUUGUCCUCCAUCCUUUCUUCUCCUCUGAGCAAGAGGAGGAGAGCUAGAAGGAGAGGAGGAGGAGGGGAGGCAGCCCCCCUCCCCCUUACACAGACACACGGCACAGAACGAAGGGAGAGAGAAGCAGAGAAAAGAGAGCCUGUUCCUUGCCGUCUCUGUCGUCCCUCGGCGAGCGAGCGGCUAACAGGCACCGCUCAUGUCCAUGAACUCAGAGAAAUCCUCGUCCCCCGAAAGGCCUGAGACCCAGCAAAAAGCCCCGGUGUCUGCCCCCACUGCCCCACCCCCCCCUCCAGCCCUCCCUGAGCCGGCCGUCCCCCCAGAGCCAGAGGAGGAGAUAUUAGGCUCUGACGAUGAGGAGCAGGAGGACCCCGCAGACUACUGCAAAGGUGGAUACCAUCCGGUGAAGAUAGGGGACUUGUUCAAUGGGAGGUAUCAUGUGAUCCGCAAGCUGGGCUGGGGUCACUUCUCCACCGUAUGGCUGUGCUGGGACAUCCAGGUGAAGAACUUUGUGGCGAUGAAGGUGGUGAAGAGUGCUCAGCAUUACACAGAGACAGCCUUGGAUGAGAUCAAACUACUCAGAUGUGUGAGAGAGAGUGACCCCUCUGACCAAAACAAAGAAAUGGUGGUUCAGCUGAUAGAUGACUUCAAGAUCUCUGGAAUCAACGGAAUACAUGUGUGUAUGGUGUUUGAGGUUCUCGGACACCACCUUCUAAAGUGGAUCAUCAAGUCCAACUACCAGGGCCUUCCUCUUCCCUGUGUUAAGAGUAUUAUCAAACAGGUUCUGCAGGGCUUGGACUACCUCCACAGCAAGUGUAAGAUCAUCCACACAGACAUCAAGCCGGAGAACAUCCUGAUGUGUGUGGACGAUGCGUUUGUCCGCCGCAUGGCCGCGGAGGCCACAGAGUGGCAGAAGGCUGGGGCACCCCCGCCCUCUGGAUCUGCAGUCAGCACAGCACCACAGGCCAAACCGGUAGGGAAGAUCUCUAAGAACAAGAAGAAGAAGCUGAAGAAAAAACAGAAGCGUCAGACCGAGCUGUUGGAGAUACGCAUGCGGGAGAUCGAGGCCCUGGAGAGAGAGGCUGAGAAACAGAGGGCCACAGAGGGCCCCGAUGGUGAGGGGGACACACACUCCCCAAAACACACACCCCGCAACGCGGCACUGGGGCCCGCCGUCGCACUGGGCGAGAGUGAUGACGACGACGAUGAUUACGAUGAAGAGGAUGGAGACGAGGAGGAGGAAGGGGAGACAGAGAGGGAGAGGCCAACCAGGCUAACCAAUCACACCUGUGCAGCCACACCUCAGGAGCAGUCAGAGGUGCCCCCCACCCCAGAGGCAGCAGCAGGGCCAGAGGGGGAGCCCACCCCCAGCACUACCCCAGAGACCGAGACACAGAAUCCCACACCCACCACCACUAUACCUGGGGAUGGCAACGGAGCUACCGCGAACCCAGAGGGAGAGGGGGAGGAGGGGGAGAAAGAGGAGGUUAAGGAAGAGAAUGACAAUGAGGAGGUGGAGGAGGACGAUGGGGAAGAAGAGGAUGACGAUGAAGAGGACUUGGUUACAGCUCCUGCUGAAAAAGAUGAGAAAGAGGGACCAAGAACAGAGGAGGAGGUGAAGGGUGAGGAGACCAAGGAGCAGGAAAAGGACAAAGAGGAAGAGGAGGAGGACGACGAUGACGACGACGACGAUGAUGAUGAUGAUGAUGAAGAUGACGAUGCUGAUGAAACAGAAACAGGCGCUGACGACCUCACUAACUCCAUCUCCACCACCAUGGGACACAACAACAACACCACCAAAACCAAUGGCCAUGUCCUCCUAGGGGGUGAGGAGAGGGACAGGGAGAGAUGUCCCAGAGCCAACCCCCCAGCCCCUACCUCAUCCCCCAUCCCUCUGCACUGCCCCCUGGUAGAGUCAGAGAUCAGCUGCACGGACAGGGAUCAAAGUUCCCUCAGCUCCUCCUACGAGCUUUUCAAUGGCGAGGUGGUCACACCAGGCCUGACCAACGGGGCACAGCGCCACAGGGGCACGGCGCCACGCUUCCCUGACCUGCCUCUGGACCCUGACCCGGGUAGCCCCGUCACAGUGGGCGAAGCUGGUCAACCGGGGUCCAGGACAUCCCCUCACAGCCCCACUGCAGACCGCAGUCGUACUGUGUCAUCCUCAAGCACUGGGGACACGCCUAAAGAUGAUGUAGUUCUAGCCAAGGCCAAAGCAGCAGACCUCCUGGUCAACCCCCUGGACCCUCGCAACGCUGACACACUCCGAGUCAAGAUAGCUGACCUGGGCAACGCCUGCUGGGUGCACAAGCACUUCACAGAGGAUAUCCAAACCAGACAGUACCGCUCCAUAGAGGUCCUGAUAGGAGCUGGGUACAGCACUCCUGCUGACAUCUGGAGCACCGCAUGCAUGGCGUUUGAGCUGGCUACAGGAGACUACCUGUUUGAGCCUCACUCUGGGGAGGACUACUCCAGGGAUGAGGACCAUAUAGCCCACAUCAUUGAGCUGCUGGGCAUUAUUCCACGGCACUUUGCACUCUCCGGAAAAUAUUCCCGGGAGUUCUUCAACCGAAGAGGUGAACUGAGGCACAUCACCAAGUUGAAGCCCUGGUCUCUGUUUGAUGUGUUGGUGGAGAAGUACGGCUGGGCACCAGAGGACGCUGGCCACUUCACCCACUUCCUGCUGCCCAUGCUGGAGAUGGUCCCAGAGAAGAGGGCGUCAGCCGGGGACUGCCUCAGCCACCCCUGGCUCAACUCGUAGCGACACCAGCCCCCCCCCCCCCACCACCACUAGCGGCAGCCUCCACAACCUGCUCAAAGCCAGGCACUUGAGGCUGGAGAGAGAGGGAGGGAGGAGGGGGGUGUGGGGGGGUACACUGGGUUCCCGUUUCUCGGGCCCCCCUGCCUUGUCCUGAGCACGCCACACACAUACACAUAGGCAUACACACAUACAAUACAGAUGCCCACAGAGCCUCAGCAGAAACCACAAAGCUGUCAAAGACCAGACAGAGAGAGGCUGCUCCCUCUGCUGUCCUCCCCAUAGGUCCCAUACAACCCCUCACAGGAAGAAUAGAGGGCCCCAGGAAGGGAGUUGGAUGGAGUCAAACUCCCACAGUUCUAAACAGGCAGGACAACGAUCCCUACACAACAUGAGCAGCCAUGGUCGGGACAGUGUCUCCUACUUAAAAAUACCAAUUCAGUCUAAACAGAGACUAAGCCACCCAUAUGAAUGGGUUCUCUGCAAUAUCUCGGCCAGUUUUCUCCUGUCCAGUCUUCUCCUGUCUUAUCCGGAGCAUAAUGGGUUUCCCAUUAGAAGUCAAUAAGAACCUCUGUCAGAAUGCUGACUGUGUGAUUGCUCCAUCUGCCUGACCUUACAGCAGCACAGCCCAAACCUGCUGAGGCAGAAGUGUGUAUAUGUGUGCUUGUGUAUAUAUGUGAGUGUUUGUUAUUAGUGUGUGUCUACACUGCCCAGUCUGUAGGUGUGUGUGAAUGUCUCAAACCUACAAAGGAGAAGCAACAACACUUCCAGAUUAGGAGUUGCCCUUUUACCCUACUCUUCCUCUCAUCUCUCUCCAGCCCCUGCCCCACUCCCCCUCUCUGUAGGGGUACCUCAGGCCCCUGCUCCCCCCUCCAUGCCCAGGACUGAAACAGUGUCACUGAACUGUUUACAGCCCCCCCCAAAGCUCCAGUCCCCUGCCCCAUACAGCCCCCUCCCUACCCAGCCACCAACACUGAGCUGCAUGCCAGUCCCGGCCACUGCAGAGACACGGAGGGCAGCCAGCCCACCAGGGGUCUCCAGAACUGAAACGUUGCCACACAGACAGACAAACAGGGCACGGAACAAACAAAGAUCCUAAAAGACUGAUGAUCGAUGAACCGGACUGCUUCUUCUGUAAGAGUGAAAUGCAUGGAGAGGCUGAUUGAUUGACAGGAGGGGAUGAUGAUGAUGAUGGACAGGUGUUACUUAGUUGUGCGUUUCAUUAGUUCAUUUGUUUUUUAUCUAUGCUUUUGUUUUCUUCUCCUGUCUUUUAUUUUGAAGGUGAAGGUGCCACUUGCGCUAACCUUUUUGGUGCCUCGUGUGAGGAUAGCGAAGUUCCUCAUGUUCACUUUUUCAAAUCGUUCCUCCCUUUAACCUUUGACAUUCCUGAUCCAGUCACACCAUUCCUCUCUUCCUUUGUAUCCCAAAAACAAGAACAAUCCUUGAGUCCCUGUGGCGUGGCAGCUUUACCAGAUCUGAUUAUCCCCCUUAUUACCUACAGACGAAACUCUCCAUCUUUGAUCCUGAGCUUCUCCAGAAGGGGUUCGUCAAAUGGAGGUUGCACUUGUCUUUGUAGGAUGUCGUUCAGGGAUUUACCUUUACAUUUUACCUUUUAGUCAUUUAGUAAGAGCGACUUACAGUAGUGAGUGCAUACAUUUUACUUUUUCGUACUGGUCCCCUGUGGGAAUCAAACCCACAACCCUGGCGUUGCAAGCACCAUGCUCUACCAACUGAGCCACACGGGAAUUACAUUUGUACAUAACUCUAAGAUCCGGCUCUGGAGAGAUGAUCGACUGACAGAUUUGAAACAAAUGCACACUUCAUUCCUAAAAGAGGCUGUCACAGACACUGGCCUGCACCCCCAGAGUAGACAGUGGCGAGAGGCUAAACCACUCUGGAGGCCACUAAGUGGAAUGUGAAACUGUGCCACUUUGUGGCUGAUGAGGGUACUGCAUUGAUGCAGUGCAGCAUCUCUCAGUGCCAAUGCUCCAAACGUUCCACUCCACUGCUCUCUCACGCUCAUCACAAUUAAGAGUCCAGUUGCCUAUUUUUUGCAAUAAAAUAGAAAUGAGUAUGUAAAGGGUGAGAUAUUUUUUAAACUAUUUCAUUUAAUGUAAGAAAAAAGAGGAAAUAAAGAAGCAAAUUUCUCUGUUGUGACAGUGACCGGUUCUCGUCCUAUUGAGGUGAUUGUGUUGGUUUGUUUAGAGAUGUUUUUCAUUUAUUUUGUAAUUAUUGUUACUGUCACUAUUAUUCUGAUGAGUUAUUUUCUACUCAGUUGUUACCUCUUCUCGUCCUAUUGAGGUGAUUGUGUUGGUUUGUUUAGAGAUGUUUUUCAUUUAUUUUGUAACUAUUAUUACUGUCACUAUUAUUCUGAUGAGUUAUUUUCUACUCAGUUGUUACCUCUUCCUCCCCUACUCUAUGGACAACGCUGCUCUGUUUGGACUCGUGACAGUGAAGAACAUUUUUUUCAAUUAGGAUUUUUUUUUUUUGUCACCAAAAGCUCCUGAUCGCACUCUUUCAGCCAUGCUGACUGUUCUUCCUGACAGAAUUGUGUCUCUUGUCUGUGUUUUUCAUUGACAGAUUUAAUAAAAUUGUAAAUUAAUGGAG